AUGAGUAGUUCUAUACUCGUGAAUGGGAAUCAGAGAUCAGAACUGGUAAUAUUUGUAUCUAAAGAAAAAAGGCAUGGACCCAUAAUGGCUUCUGUUCCAGCAAACAAGGAAAAUGUCUCUCCGGAGAAAGAAAUCGAGUGUUUGUCAGACAGUUUUGAAAAGAACCUUUCGAUGAUUUCGAGCCACAAAGAAAAUGAUGGACGCUAUUUUCUGGACUUAGUAGAGAAAGAAACCGAGCGAUUUACGCGACUUUGUCACAUAGCAGAACAGGAAAUGACGGCAAAUACAAUUCCCGAAGAUGGUAAGUCUAUUUUUGGAGAUGAAUGGUUACAAAUAUGUACAGUGAAUAAAACAUACUUCGCUCGCAGGCGUGAUAAUUCGUCUGCCCAAUUAUUGUAGUUCGAUUUUAGAGCCCAUUAAUGGGGAAGACCUCUCAAGUCAACUUAAUGAAAUUUAACUUCCAUGUUUAUCAUGUAUACUUUCAUUUUAACACCAAUGGUUAUUUGCUAUGUCUGUGGUUUUCAAUUUUAGAAAUAACCCUGUCUCUUUGUAUCUGUGAUUUUAAAGUGUUGGGGGUAGGAGGGGAGCCUUAUAAUCCUUUUAAGGCAAAAAAGAAAUUCAUAGACCAACAGCAUAUUUCAGUCUUCUCAUUUAAUGUAUUAGGGCAUUAACAGAAUAUACAUGCAUAUAAUUAUGUUCCAAAUACAUGGACAUUUUCUUGUCCGUGGUUAUAUUUUAUACACUCUUUGAAGGCCUUAGGGGAUAUUAACCAUGCUUAUUUCAGUGCAUGACGUGGAUGGAGACAGGAGCAUAUCCUGCCGUAGAUAUUGCUUUUCAAUACAGCUGUGUAACUCCAAGUUUCUACUGGAUGAAAGAAAAUGUGCACAUUUAGUCAGCUGUUUUGCCUGGCUCUGAUCCACACCCUAAUUUCUCUUCAGAGUUCCAACUGGGAAUGUUUACUGCUGUUUGUUGUUGUUUUGCAUUUGUUAAAAGCCUUUGUUUUUGCUGGUGUGGUCUUAAAUUUUACACACAAAUAAAGAAGGGAAAUCGGCAAUAGAUUUAUGGAAAUCACUUUCAUCAACACGUUCUUCUUCCAAAAACUGUUUUUUGGACUGAAAUGUAGAAAAUUCAACCAAAAAUUGAAACAAAUGUUUCAUACAUGUGUUUUUACUCUGCUUAAAUGCUUGAGGGAUUGAGUCGUGUAACCAAAUUUUUACAUGAAAAACAUCAGUGCAUCGUAGUAAGGAAAUUAGAAUAUUAUGAGCUCUUGGUACUCUAUUUGUGCAUACUUAAGCAGCCAGUAACAAGCAUAGUAUAUUAAUUUUAAAAGAAUGUUUUGCAACAUUUUUGGCUCAAAAACCACUUUCUUAUAAAAUUAUUGAAAAUACUAAGAACCAAACUUAAUGAAAUGUUUUUCAAAGCUAACUCUAGAAAUUAAACUAAAUGAUACAAGUACAUGUAUUAGUGAGAACACUUCAUUUAUGACCUUGGGAAAAUUUAUAUACUCGAUGUUUAUUCUCACUGAUUGCAAAAUAGAUGUUUCCAUUUUGUUAAUUUUUUAAUCACAUUCCUUGAGGUCUUUCCGUGUUUACUUCGUUGAUAUAUUAUGACCUACUGAUCAACAGAGCAUGAUAAUCAAUAACUCCUCUUAUACUGACAAAUAUGAUUUUUCCCACCAAGAAUCUAUAAAUAACUUUAUAAUCAGUUAUAGACAAGUUCUUGAGAAAGUGACAAAACCUUAAGUUCUAUCUGCCAGGUAGGCAUAGUUUUUUUCUAGAAGGUGACCCAUGUUCACUUUAUUAUAAUCAGCCAGGCUGUGCCUGAUGGAAAUGGUUGUGCUUGUCUGUCAAAUGAAUCUUUAGAAGACAGUUCCUAAACCUACUUCUUAAACAACUGAUAUUAAGAAAAACUGAUUGCUGCAUAUCUAAUGGACAAAAAAAUGGAAAAUUAAAACCCAAUAGAGUGUUUGCAGUAUAGAGAGAAACAUGUUUUACCAGACAGUUGUAAUCACUUUAUAUUUUGUUAAUUACAGGUUUGUUAUGGCUUAAAUUUUGUUUUGGUUUUAAAAUGUUAUAAACCAAUUUUAUGAUCUCUUUUCUCGGUCAUAGGCUGAAACAAAGGAACAUUUGAGAACUAAAGGGCUGUGAAAAUUUUUAAACAAAGUUAUCACUAUCCAGAGUACUCAAGGUCAUUUUAAGGCAUUGGCUGUGGAAGUUUUGCAAUGAUCCAGUGUGUUUUAUAUGUAUCAGUUUUAAAUGGAUUAAUGACAAAAAAUUUACUCUUUUAUUAGUCCUUGCUUGCUUUAGCUGCAAGACUAUAAAACUGCAACUUUUUUUCCUUUCGUGUGUGUGCUCCAAAAAGGGGGGCGGAGUCAUGGUCCCAGGUUUUCCUAGCGGAGACCGAGGAAACUAGGGAUAAGAAUCACAACGUGUCACAGCACAUGCAUAUUUUGUGAAGAAACUUAGCUUAGGAGAGUUUUAUGCGUAGGAUGUGAUGAGUUUUUUCAGAAUUGCUCGGUCCACAAAUUAUAUCGCUUUUAAGCGUUGAUUACUUUGGAACAAGUGAAUACGUCAGUGGUCGGAAAACAAAAGAAUCUUUAUUUAGUGAGCAAAACUUUGAUGGUGAGGCUAACUGGUCAGGUAUUGUAAGCUUUUCUUGUAUACAAAUGAGUCUUGUGAUGAGCAUGCGGUUUAAUUUCGGCGAUGAUUGAAAUGACUCACCCUGUUCAUCACUUUUUUUGCUCUCUGGCAAUGAUGUUAUUUCUCUCAAAUUGAGGCCCUUGAUUUUUGUGUAUUUAUACACGUGUACUCAAUUAAUUCAGAAGCAAAUCGUCAAAUACAAUAUAAAAAGUAAAUAUCCUGAAGAAUACUCGACCAUCGAUAAAGUAGGAGUGAAAAACUUUUGAUGAGGAAAUCUUGCUUCGUCUAGAAUUAAUCGCCUCCUCAUUUCUUAUCUAAUCUCCAAGCAAGCAAUAUUUACUGCAUUUAAAGGGGCUGUGUCACGGCAGUCCAGUUCAUUUUGUUUAAUUUUGCCAAUUACUCCCCUUCUUCAAUCGCUAUGAAACUUAAAGUAAGAGAAGAAAUUACAUUAAGUGGCAAAAUCAGAGAUCUGUGACAAAUAAUUAUGUCUCCUGAGCAUUAUUUUUGAAGUUGCAAGCAGCAGGGAUCAACUUUCAAAAACUGUUAGGCUGAACAGUUUUCAAAAACCCUAAUUCCAAUCCGUUUCAAUCUCCUUCAGUUUUGAAUAUCCGUGGCAUCUGUUGUCUCUGUUAUAUUAUUAUUUUUAACCUUCCAACUUUUAAGCGGUUAUUUUUAUGUUUAUCUUAAUUUAAUGGGCAUUUUGUAAUUACCUAAUUUGGCUGAAUUUCGUGACACAGCUCCUUUAAGGGCAUUCUUGGUAGUUUUUAGGACCUGUGUAUUUUUUAACAAGUUGACUUCUGAUUCAUGUUCAGUCUUAUAUUUUUUCUAGAUGUAUGGAAGCAAUUAUUUUUGUUUCUCCAAAAUAAUUUGCCAUUUCAUUAUACUGUGGACCCAUUUUCAGCUAGAAGUCUAGAGCUUAAUUUUGUAGUGUGCUCAUGUCGUAAUUAAGUGGAUUAUGAUCUGUUGAAGCUGAAGAUGACUACCGCACAGGUCAAAAUGUCAUUCAAAUUCAGCAGCAGUCCUACACGGGACUAUAGCCCCCCAGAUGAUCAUCCUGUUUAAUGAAGAGCCAAAGCUGUGAAGUUGCUGAAAUUUGAUCAAAUGGGGCAUGUUCCCUGUCAAAGAAAGGCAAAUUAAUAUUGAGAGCCGUGAAGGUAUUCAGCACAAUCCAGUUCAUUAAUAUUUUUUUAGUUAUUAAUAAGUGCCAUACAGCCAUUUAUGCAGUGGUGAAAAACAUAAUGAUUUGUUUAUAGUGGAAGUGCACUUAGCUUUAAUUCCAGCUAGUGUUUAGAGAAAGACUACUCGAGUAAUUAAAAACAGAACAAAACAGGAUUAAAAGCUCCAACUGGCAGGACGCAACCAGUAGGCUAUGAACAUGUACGCGCAUUUUGAAAGAUUUGAACUCAAGGUGUUACCCCAAAACAACUGUAGGUAGUGGUCAGAGUAGAACUCCAAUCUGGAACCACUAGGAUUGUGAAUCUGCGUGUUGACCAAUUGGCCAUUGUGUGGAGUCUUUUUUGGAUUUCUGGUGAUCACUGUAUAUUCAUGUUAACUUCUUUUGUCUUGUUUCUAUACAUAAUUGCUACACCUUUUUUCCUACAAUCCUAUUGGUCCAAAAGGUUCAUGCACUGACUGUUGACUCCAGCCAUUCUCAAGUAAACCAUUGAAAAGAAUAUUAAGCCCACAGCAAUCCCAGGUUUAUUUAGAGAGUGCCUAGCACUGAAAGAAUUUUUCUUGUAGGUUUUUGUAGGUUGAGUGCCGGAAAUGCUUAAGUUGAUUGUUUUAGGAGAGACUGCUUACUCAGUGAUUUUCAGGGAAUGAAAAAAAAGGAGGCUGUGUUUCAAAUAACAUCAUGUUUAUGGAUGUAAACCCAGGACUGUUUUAAUGGAUUAUCUGUCUGUUAUUAAUCCAACAAAAAGGGUUAAUUUGCUCUGUUCUUUGUCCAAUAUUUUUUAUGAUCAUGUUUGAUGUCCUGAAAAUAUAUAGUUUUACCAUAUUACACCAUUAUACACCAGUAUUUUUAAGGCGGGAGCCUCAAUGUGACUUCUUGGAAUUUUUAUUAAAAUCAUUUAUUACUCCAGGCUGUUUUUAUACUGGGAAGUUAUUAUAUUUACUUUAAGACUUAGUCACAAAAUUGUUCUUGACAUUUUUUUGAUAUCCUUAUGAUGCCAUGGAGAUAAGAGAAAUAAUAAUUAUUUCUCUAAUCUCUAUGGAAUCAUAAGGAUUAUUAUUACCAAUUUCCUGUUUGAGCUAUUAUUUUAUUUUACCCCCAAGACAGUUUUUGUGUAGCAGUAUUAGUUAAUGUUAAUGGCUCUUGCACGGUAAAAAUAUAUUAAAGAGGUGCGAAUUCUAAGGAUGCUGAAAUUAUCCUUUCAGGGGUGUGUUGUUUUUGGAGCUUGAUGUAGUCAUGUAAAACAGAACUGACCAUAGAUGACCAGAUAUUUAUUGCUUUUGUUGCUGUGCUUCUACUAUUAUUAAGAUACUACUCUUAAGUGGGCACUUUGUUGUGCCCCAAUCCACAUACACUCACAAUAUCUUCCACCCUUCAUAUACAUGCACGUUUCCCAGGUAAAGGAGAUGUUUUUCAUGAUUAUGGUUCAAUCUGCUUAAACUCAGUGUUUUUAAAGUGUGCAUCUCUGCUCAAAUUUCAUUGGUGACUUGAAUAAGCUGUGCACGAAAGAACUGGGUAAAGAUUUUGUUGUCUUUCAUUUAUUUAGCAAUUGUUGAGAUGCCACUUCUAGGUGGAUACUGUAUCUACAGCAUUCAUUUACAUAGACUCACAAUAUUUUAACGUGUCACCAGGGCACACCUCUUCCAAGGGGACUCUCAUUCAUUUCCUCAAGGGAAUGCACGUACAGGAUGUUCCUCUUCACAUAAUAUUUCAACUAUUAUUGUUCCCACUGAUUGAAAGUGAUAUGUAUGGCUAUCAUACUCUCUAUCAUUAAAUGGCAAUUCAUUUAUUUUUUUUCAAAAAUUUUAUAUUUCAAUUUUUAAUCAAACUGAAAUACUAUUCAAUUUGCUAUAAUUUAUUGUUGCUUCAUCCACCUCUAAGUUAUUUUAAUUUUAACAAAGUCAAAAUAUCGGUUUGGUCUUCAAAACUCCAAGAAUAGCCACUCAAUUGAUAUUAUUUUAAUAUGUACGGCUGAUGUUAAUUUUUAAAUAAUAUUAUUAUACAGCCAUGUUAUUAUCAAUAUCAAUUUACUCCAGUAAUGAGUUUUAUUUUCAGCAAAAACAGAAUGUAAGUUGUGCCUUUUUUGUUCAUUACAGCUUGCGGUAAAAUCCGAGCAGCCACUGGAAAGGCAAUGCUCUUGGUGAAUAAAAAGUUCAAACAAUUUAAAGGACUUUGUGAUAUGAAUUUGGUGAGUUGCUGACAAAAUAUUGUCUCUUUUACAUCAUCUUCCUUAGAUAGCGGCCUUACACGGCCUUGAAACAGCGACAUAGCAGGGUUGUCACUAAGAUUUCAAGUUGCCGGAUAAAUACAACAAGUAGGCGGGGAAUCAAACGGCUAGGGAUUUCUUUGGUUCUAUUUUUCUUCUAUUUCCAAUAAAAGUAGCCGGGGGCCACCCUCUUAGUAGCCGGGGAAAAUCCCCGGCCCCCGGCUCUUAAUGACAACCCUGCAUAGGACAAGAUGAAAUGGUGACAAAGGACAUAAAAAUGGGUUGAUACUGACAGGGACUGCAUGGCCUACUCCUCAAAACUUGAAACAACCGCAUUUGAAAUUUAGACUUGCACCCCCUGCCCCCACAAAGGUGGCCUCUAGAUACGGACUUAAAAUUAAAGGGACAGGUUCACCGUUCAGUGCAUGCUCAUUAAUUAAAUUACUUUUUUUGAAUUUAUUAUUAAUUCUAUCGGUUAAUAAUCCUACUCACAUGUAUCUCAGGGAUCUUGGAGUGUAUUUCAAAGUAGAAGUGUAUUUCAGAGUAACCUGAAGUAGGGUGGAGGAGUACUAAAAUGGAUUAUGCCAACACUACCAACAAUUAUUUAUUGUUGACCGGAAGGUUUUAUUCCCUAGUUGAUGAAUUUACAGCUAUUUGCACAUAAGUUGAUCAAGUGACUGCCUGGGGAGUGUGCAGAUUGGUUCUUUGACAAUGUUAUGACAUGAUCAUAUUGCCUGCAUAGACAAUACAGCACAUCCCAGCAGAAAACAGCAUUUUGAUUAAUGAGGAUGCACUGAACUGUGAAACCUCCCCUUUACAGUAGAUUUCACUUCUGUAGCAUGGAACAUGCUUGAAAACAUGAAUUGCAGAAAACUAGCCAUUUCUAUUUAUUGGGAAGGGGGGAGGAGUGGGAGAGGUAAGGAAACUCCUGCCUCUUUUUACAGACCUGCUCAGUACAUGUAAAUGUUGUUUGUCCAUUUAGCGAUGUACAAAGAAUUAUAAGUUCUUUUAUUGGUCAGUAGCAUCUUUCUAUGAAAGGAGGUUUUUGACAAUGUUGAUAGAAGCAAAAGUAUCUAUCUCAAACAUAAUAUAUUCUGGUUUCACCCCAGACAACACUUCCAUUGCUGUUAUUUUGCCCCACCACCCCCCCCCUCCCCCCCCUGCUGGUGCUAGGAAUGUUCUGCAAAAUUGGCAAGCAAUUUAGUUGUCCUUUUCACCUCUGUGCUUGCUACACUUCAGUAAAACAACAUUAUUUUGGAGAUAUUGAAUCUAUUUUGGCGUGAAAACAAUUUUUUUUUCUAAGAAUUAAAAGUUUUUAUCAGCAGCAAAUUAUGGUCAUAACAAAUUUGAAGAAAGGAUAUACUAGCACUUUUGAAAGUCCUGCUCAUGCACUGCCAUGUAAGAUGUUGGCAAAGUUUUCUUCCAAUAACUCAUGUCACAGUUGCAUCAGAUAUGUUCUGUGUGUUAUAAUACUGUUUUUAAUGUGAGCGAAUAUUUCCGACAGGGUAUUGGAGAAACCAAUGGUAGGAGACCAACUAACGCUGACCUUGCAGGAUUUUGGGAUAUGGUCAUGAUCCAGGUAUGUGCCAUUCCGUAUUACUUUUGCACAAUACCUUUCAGUGUAAAUUUACUGUGAAGUUCAAGUUAAUUUUAUAUUAGUUUUGGCAUUCAACCCUCUUAAAAAAGUUGAAAAAUUGUGAACCCCUCAGAUUCUUAGUGGUGGAAGUGGAUCAGAACAUUAUUACCUAUAGUAGGGGAGACUUGAUGUGUCAGCUACAUGUAGAACAUUGUAAUUUUGGCUACCUCUUGUUAUGUCAUGGUGUGUUACACAUUUUACAUGUAGCUAGUUCAAGGUUAAUAUACUGUAUUCUUUUCUGAUGUGAUAGGUUGAUGAUGUAAAUAAUAUGUUUAGUAACAUUGACGAAUUACGCAAGAAUGGUUGGAUACAAACACAACAACCCAAAGAUGAGGUAUAUAUAAUAAUAAUUAUUGUCUUGCACUCUUAAAAUAAUAUUCAAAUAUGUUUUGCCUUAUAAUCUGUCAAGUGAGGGUUUGAUUUUGUAAGGUUUGAAUUAAUAAGUUGAUUAAUUUUGACUUGAUUAACACAGACUGAUUCUUCAAAGAGAUCAUCAUUAACACGUCAGUCGUCACUCUCACGGCAGUCAUCACUGGGUAAAGGAUCAGUGAGACGGCAAAAAUCUAUUGAAGAAGUAAAGGCUACUGAAGCAGAGCAGAGAGCUGCAGCAAGACAGCGGUUGGCAGCGGCAAAACGAGCAGCAAGGCAAAGAAUGCAAAAGCAAAAAAAUCAGUUAGAUGAUGUGGAGAUAUUUUGUUCACCCAAAAAGUAA